AUGAAAUUUCCCACGGAGAACCCAAGAAAACCAGGGAAUCCCAACCCUACGCCAGUGGCGGUCCAGACCAACCUGUUCCCGCCCAAGAAGGUCCAGCCAGGCAUGAUGAGUGCCAGCCUGGUCCAGGCCAGUGUGGCCACCAUGCAGAACCCCAUGGGCUGCACAGUGCCCCGGCUCUCUCCAUCGCGACCUGCCAGCAUGGUGGCCAGCAUGGAGGCGGUGGGCGAGGAUGGCUCGCCCCUUUUCACGGUCAUGAAGUGGAAGACCGUGGUGGCGGUGUUUGUGGUGGUGGUUGCCUAUCUGGUGGGGGGAGGCCUGAUGUUCCGGGCCCUGGAGCAGCCUUUCGAGAGCAACCAGAAGGUGACCAUCACCGCAGAGAAGGCGGCGUUCCUGCAGAAGCACCCCUGUGUCUCACCGGCGGAGCUGGAGGUGCUUAUCAAGCACUCUGUAGAUGCAGUGAAUGCUGGGGUCAGCCCGAUAGGAGACACAUCCUAUAACUCCAGUCACUGGGACCUGGGCAGUGCCUUUUUCUUCGCUGGAACCGUCAUCACAACCAUAGGAUAUGGUAACAUUGCUCCCAGCACUGAGGGCGGGAAGAUUUUCUGUAUCCUAUAUGCAAUAUUUGGCAUCCCUCUGUUUGGGUUCCUGCUAGCCGGUGUGGGGGACCAGCUAGGGACCAUAUUCGUGAAAAGCAUCGCCAAGGUGGAGAAAAUGUUCAGGCAUAAACAGAACCAGAUCAGCCAGACCAAGAUCCGAGUGGCCUCCACGUUACUCUUCAUCCUGGCGGGUUGUAUCCUCUUUGUCACCAUUCCAGCGGUCAUCUUCAAACACAUAGAAGGCUGGACUGGACUGGAGGCCAUCUACUUUGUUGUUAUCACCCUGACAACUAUUGGAAUAGGAGACUAUGUGGCAGGAGGGGACCGGAGGGUCGUGUAUCGUAAUUGGUAUAGACCACUGGUGUGGUUCUGGAUUCUGGUGGGGUUGGCCUAUUUCGCUGCUGUACUGAGCAUGAUUGGUGACUGGCUGAGGGUCCUGUCCAAGAAAACAAAAGAGGAGGUCGGAGAGAUCAAGGCCCACGCGGCCGAGUGGAAGGCCAACGUGCGAGCCGAGUUCCGGGAGACGCGGCGACGCCUGAGUGUGGAGGUCAGCGACAAGCUCCAGCGGACCGCCACCAUCCGCAGCAUGGAGCGGCGCCAGCUGGGCCUGGACCAGUGGGCCGUCUCCACGGACAUGCUCUCCCCGGAACGCCGUGCCGCCUUUAACAGUCUGGACACCAACCCCUACAAGACCUCGUCUCAGGAGAGCAUCGACAUGAAACUCAACAACCUGCGUCUAAGGGGGGCAGAGUGUGAUCCGCGCCGGUCCGAAAGUGUGGCCUCCUCAGACGACAACAUCUUUAAUCGCCUGGGUUCCGUCACCAAGCUGGCCAAGAGAAACAAGAACCGCGAGCUGAAGAAGAAUAUCCCAGAUGAGCUACAAUGCAGGCCCUUUAGUACUCCGCCUAUGGAGAUGGGGAAGAGGAAGGAGGAAGAGGAGGAGGAGGAGGAGGACGAAGAUGAGGGGUUAGACAAAAAGUUCAACACCAGCAUGUCCGAUCUGCCGCUGUUCGUCGAAGUGUGCAAGCCCCAGAAUGGUUUCACAGUACCAUUCAUACCACUACAGACCAAAGAAAAAAAGACCGAGGGGGAAACACUUCAACUUGAAGAAAAGGAGCUGCGUAUCCAGAUGGAUCCUUAAAAAUGUUGGUUGUUCCUCUGAGGUAAAGGAUGUUUUAAACGUCACCACCAUAUGUGCCUUACAUUUCUGUCACGCCUUUGUGUGCUUGAUAUUGGGGGAACUGUUGUGUCCCUGUGUGCUAUGUAAUGUUAUUCAAUAUUCACUGUGCCCUAAUAACCUGAAGGAAAGACAUUAACAUCAUACGUUUCUACAAUCACCCGGUAAUUUUUUUUUAGAUUGGAGGUUCUUGUGGGACAGAACAACCAAAAUGAUGGGGUUUAUUUUGAGUGAAAGAGAAGAUGGCUGCUAUUCUGAAGAGUCGAUAAUAAAGCAAGUAAGAUGCUUUGAUGUGUCUGUGACUUGUAUGUACGUAGUGGACUUCGACGAGACGGUGCUGGUCCUAAACACAUAUCUGAGGUCAUUUUAGGACAAGAGAACUGAGCUGCUGAGAAUAGAGCAACAAUUGAACAAGAACAACAACUGGAGACUCACCUGGAUUUGGUUAUUGUGAAAUGUACGACUUUAUUCUCAUUCCGUCACGACACAUAAACUCUGAAAAUUGAUGAAAAAAAUUAUAAAAAACAACCACAAUGUUGUCUGUGCAUGGUCCUUGAGCUAAACUGUCUAGAAAGUGUGUGAUUACGCUAUUAAGUUCAUGAACUUUCAUUAACACAAUCUCAGGGCUUGUGGUCCUAAUGUUGUCGUUGAAAUGUUUCUAAAGUAUACUGCAUUCACACUUUGUAGCAUUAGAGGAGCUUUGGUUGCACUUAGAAUUGCUUUUCUGAAGAUGACAGCUUAUGACAAUGGAACGGAAGGUAAGCCAUAUUGCAGGAAGGAAAAAUGGCCCUAAUUGCUUAGACAGGAUACUGUCAAAUUCGUGAGACGGAGGUAUUUUUGGCGCAAACUUGUAUGAUACAUCGAUACAAUGAUUUGCUUGAAUACAGUGUGUUACUGUUAGCUGACAUCUUUGUUAUACUUGAUUUAAGUGUACCAUGUAACGUCUGUGAAGUACAUUUAUAUGUUCAUAUUACAGAGGAGAGAUGAUGACACUGAGAACGUGCAUGAGUCAAACGUGCACUUUGCGUCUUGACUGUGGUUUACUAAUUGUAUUACAAUAAUGUCAUUACAAACCCCUUAAGGUGCAUGGGUUAAA